AUGUUUGGAUCAGCAAUUAGUCUACUCUUAAUCCCAACGGUUGGUUGCAAUAGUAGUGCAGUGAUAGCCCUCAUGUUGUUGUCUAUGCUAUCAUACGGCGCGGUAACGGGUGGUGAGUACGGAAUAAUACCGGAAUAUGCGCUCAACUAUUCAGGAACAAUUUUCGGUGUGGCCAACACUCUGGCCUCAACUCUUGGCUUUGUUUGUCCCUUAAUUGUUGGUCUACUUCUUGAUCACGGGGAGGGGUCGGGUGCCAGACAUCAGUGGAAUAUAAUGUGGUAUAUGGCGGGCGCUGUCUAUGCAUUCGGUGGACUCGUAUUUGAAGUGCUGGGGACAGCA